ACCGCGUGGACGGUAUUUCCUAUGAGAUAACUACCCACAACAACAACAUGACUAACUCCAAGGGUUAUCGUCGCGGCACCAGAGAUAUGUUCUCCCGCCCCUUCCGCAAGCAUGGUGUCAUCCCAUUGUCCACCUAUAUGCGUGUCUUCAAAAUCGUUGACAUCACGGGUCAUGGUGCUGUUCAAAAGGGUAUGCCCUACAAGGCCUACCACGGCAAGACUAGCAAGACUGUCGGUGUUAUUGUAAACAAGCGUGUCCGCGGAAAGAUCCUUGCACAACGUAUCAAAUUGAGACUAGAAUGA